UAUAGAAUAAUAAAAUAAAUAAUUUCAAAGAAAAUAGUUUAUUGAACAAAAGUUAUGUUUAAUGUAAAAUAAUAUUAAUAACAGAAGAUUACAUAUGUUAAAUUGAGGUACCAUAAGAUAGUUCUUCUUGUUCUUCUCAUGCCGUCUUCUCAUUGAUGGUUGGCGACCACGUCUAUAAAGGCGUCUCUAUUCCUCGCAACAUAAAACAAUUCUCUAACGCUGAGAUUUGUCCAUUCUCUUAUGUUACGAAGCCAGGAUUUCUUCUUCCUGCCGAUGCCUUUCUUUCCCUCUACUCUGCCCUGCAUUAUCUUCUGUAGCAGUACGUAUUUGUCGUUGCGUAAGAUGUGUCCUAUGUAAAAUGAUACGAAGGUACAAAAAAUGAAAGAAAAUUAGGGAAGCUCUCUUUUUUUUCUUGUCUCCUAAGUCCAAAAGUUGUGAUGAGUAAGAAGAUUAUCGAUUGGUCUUGAGUUAACUCAAGACCAGCAGUGAUUGUGUCAAUGUCAACAAUGUUUUCGAUAGUAAGCAUUUUAUUUUUAUUUUCUAUUUUAAUCAUUUUAUAUUUUUUUGUUUCAGCUUUCCAUUUCCCAAGUGAAAUUCCAAAGAGUAGGUAGAUUGAGACCAAGGAAUCGGAUUACUUCUUACCAAUGAGCGAACAACCACCGUAUCCCUAUCCUUCUCUUGAUAAAGGCUCCAAAGUGGGAUGCAUAUAAAUUAUAUAUCUUCGAGUAUCGUACUUAUUAGAAUAGAAAUCGAUCAGUAUCAAAACAUGAAUGAGAUAACUUAUGAUGAGCGAAACAAAGGAGAAUCUGGUGGUGGACAAAUAAUCGCUUAUGCUGAUAAUAUAGUACUUGUAAACAAAAGAAAAUCUAUAAUGGAGACAAUAUUAAAAGAGAUAGUUACAGAGGGAAAACGGAUGAGUUCAAAAAUCAAUGAAAACAAAACAAAAACAAUGAGAUUUGGAAAGCAAUGUCAAGGGGGAAAGGUGAACGUUGGCACAAAAAAGACGCAAAUAAUUUCGUUGUGACUGUCACAAUCGAAAAUAACUUCAUAAACGUGUGCAGUUCCAUUCACACUUAUGUUAGACAUGUGCGAUCACGGUUUUAAUCUAAAGUGAGUGUCUAUGUGUACAGG